AUGGUAGAGUAUGGUAGAGUGUGUCAGAGUGUGUGUCAGAGUGUGUGUCAGAGUGUGUGUCAGAGUGUGUGUCAGAGUGUGUCAGAGUGUGUCAGAGUGGGGCGGGGCAGCGAGUAUGGCAGCGAGUAUGGCAGCGAGUAUGGUAUAGCGUAUGAACCCCCCUCUCUCACAGAACCCCCCUCUCUCCCACAGAACCCCCCUCUCUCCCACAGAACUCUCCUCUCUCCCACAGAACUCUCCUCUCUCCCACAGAACUCUCCUCUCUCCCACAGAACUCUCCUCUCUCCCACAGAACCCCCCUCUCUCCCACAGAACCCCCCUCUCCCACAGAACCCCCUCUCUCCCACAGAACCCCCCUCUCUCCCACAGAACUCUCCUCUCUCCCUCAGAACUCUCCUCUCUCCCUCAGAACCCCCCCCUCUCCCACAGAACCCCCCUCUCUCCCACAGAACCCCCCUCUCUCCCACAGAACCCCCCUCUCCCACAGAACCCCCCUCUCUCCCACAGAACUCUCCUCUCUCCCUCAGAACUCUCCUCUCUCCCACAGAACCCCCCUCUCCCACAGAACCCCCCUCUCUCCCACAGAACCCCCCUCUCUCCCACAGAACCCCCCUCUCUCCCACAGAACUCUCCUCUCUCCCUCAGAACUCUCCUCUCUCCACAGAACCCCCCUCUCUCCCACAGAACUCUCCUCUCUCCCUCAGAACUCUCCUCUCUCCCACAGAACCCCCCUCUCUCCCACAGAACCCCCCUCUCUCCCACAGAACCCCCCUCUCUCCCACAGAACUCCUCUCUCUCCCUCAGAACUCUCCUCUCUCCCUCAGAACCCCCCCCUCUCCCACAGAACCCCCCUCUCUCCCACAGAACCCCCCUCUCUCCCACAGAACCCCCCUCUCUCCCACAGAACCUCCCUCUCUCCCACAGAACUCUCCUCUCUCCCUCAGAACUCUCCUCUCUCCCUCAGAACUCUCCUCUCUCCCACAGAACCCCCCUCUCUCCCACAGAACUCUCCUCUCUCCCACAGAACUCUCCUCUCUCCCUCAGAACUCUCCUCUCUCCCACAGAACUCUCCUCUCUCCUACAGAACUCUCUUCUCUCCCUCAGAACUCUCCUCUCUCCCUCAGAACCCCCCUCUCUCCCACAGAACCCCCCUCUCUCCCUCAGAACUCUCCUCUCUCCCUCAGAACUCUCCUCUCUCCCACAGAACCCCCCUCUCUCCCACAGAACCCCCUCUCUCUCCUCAGAACCCCACUUUCUCCCUCAGAACCCCCCUCUCGCCCACAGAAUUCCCCUCUCUCCCUCAGAACCACCCUCUCUCCCUCAGAACCACCCUCUCUCCCUCAGAACCACCCUCUCUCCCACAGAACCCCACUCUCUCUCCCCUCAGAACCCCCCUCUCUCCCUCAGAACUCUCCUCUCUCCCUCAGAACUCUCCUCUCUCCCUCAGAACUCUCCUCUCACCCUCAGAACCCCCCUCUCUCCCUCAGAACUCUCCUCUCUCCCACAGAACUCUCCUCUCUCCCUCAGAACCCCCCUCUCUCCCACAGAACUCCUCCUCUCUCCCUCAGAACUCUCCUCUCUCCCACAGAACUCUCCUCUCUCCCUCAGAACUCUCCUCUCUCCCCCUCAGAACCCCCCCUCUCCCACAGAACCCCCCUCUCUCCCACAGAACCCCCCUCUCUCCCACAGAACCCCCCUCUCUCCCACAGAACCUCCCUCUCUCCCACAGAACUCUCCUCUCUCCCUCAGAACUCUCCUCUCUCCCUCAGAACUCUCCUCUCUCCCACAGAACCCCCCUCUCUCCCACAGAACUCUCCUCUCUCCCACAGAACUCUCCUCUCUCCCUCAGAACUCUCCUCUCUCCCACAGAACUCUCCUCUCUCCUACAGAACUCUCUUCUCUCCCUCAGAACUCUCCUCUCUCCCUCAGAACCCCCCUCUCUCCCACAGAACCCCCCUCUCUCCCCUCAGAACUCUCCUCUCUCCCUCAGAACUCUCCUCUCUCCCACAGAACCCCCCUCUCUCCCACAGAACCCCCCUCUCUCCCUCAGAACCCCACUUUCUCCCUCAGAACCCCCUCUCUCGCCCACAGAAUUCCCCUCUCUCCCUCAGAACCACCCUCUCUCCCUCAGAACCACCCUCUCUCCCUCAGAACCACCCUCUCCUCUCCUCAGAACCACCCUCUCUCCCACAGAACCCCACUCUCUCCCUCAGAACCCCCCUCUCUCCCUCAGAACUCUCCUCUCUCCCUCAGAACUCUCCUCUCUCCCUCAGAACUCUCCUCUCACCCUCAGAACCCCCCUCUCUCCCUCAGAACUCUCCUCUCUCCCACAGAACUCUCCUCUCUCCCUCAGAACCCCCCUCUCUCCCACAGAACUCUCCUCUCUCCCUCAGAACUCUCCUCUCUCCCUCAGAACCCCCCUCUCUCCCACAGAACUCUCCUCUCUCCCUCAGAACUCUCCUCUCUCCCACAGAACCCCCCUCUCUCCCUCAGAACUCUCCUCUCUCCCUCAGAACCCCCCUCUCUCCCACAGAACCCCCCCUCUCUCCCUCAGAACUCUCCUCUCUCCCUCCAGAACCUCUCUCUCCCUCAGAACCACCCUCUCUCCCUCAGAACCACCCUCUCUCCCUCAGAACCCCACUUCUCUCCCUCAGAACCCCCUCUCUCCCACAGAAUUCCCCACUCUCUCCCUCAGAACCCCCCUCUCUCCCUCAGAACUCUCCUCAGAACCUCUCCCCCACAGAACUCUCUCCUCUCUCCCUCAGAACUCUCCUCUCUCACCCUCAGAACCCCCCUCACCCUCAGAACUCUCCCUCAGAACUCUCCUCUCUCCCACAGAACUCUCCUCUCUCCCUCAGAACCCCCCUCUCUCCCACAGAACUCUCCUCUCUCCCUCAGAACUCUCCUCUCUCCCUCAGAACCCCCCUCUCUCCCACAGAACUCUCCUCUCUCCCUCAGAACUCUCCUCUCUCCCACAGAACUCUCCUCUCUCCCACAGAACUCUCCUCUCUCCCACAGAACUCUCCUCUCUCCCUCAGAACCACCCUCUCUCCCUCAGAACCACCCUCUCUCCCUCAGAACCACCCUCUCUCCCUCAGAACUCUCCUCUCUCCCACAGAACCCCCCUCUCUCCCACAGAACCCCCCUCUCUCCCACAGAACCCCCCUCUCUCCCACAGAACCCCCCUCUCUCCCACAGAACCUCCCUCUCUCCCACAGAACUCUCCUCUCUCCCUCAGAACUCUCCUCUCUCCCACAGAACCCCCCUCUCUCCCACAGAACUCUCCUCUCUCCCUCAGAACUCUCCUCUCUCCCACAGAACUCUCCUCUCUCCUACAGAACUCUCUUCUCUCCCUCAGAACUCUCCUCUCUCCCUCAGAACCCCCUCUCUCCCACAGAACCCCCCUCUCUCCCUCAGAACUCUCCUCUCUCCCUCAGAACUCUCCUCUCUCCCACAGAACCCCCCUCUCUCCCACAGAACCCCCCUCUCUCCCUCAGAACCCCACUUUCUCCCUCAGAACCCCCCUCUCGCCCACAGAAUUCCCCUCUCUCCCUCAGAACCACCCUCUCUCCCUCAGAACCACCCUCUCUCCCUCAGAACCACCCUCUCUCCCACAGAACCCCACUCUCUCCCUCAGAACCCCCCUCUCUCCCUCAGAACCCUCCUCUCUCCCUCAGAACUCUCCUCUCUCCCUCAGAACUCUCCUCUCACCCUCAGAACCCCCCUCUCUCCCUCAGAACUCUCCUCUCUCCCACAGAACUCUCCUCUCUCCCUCAGAACCCCCCUCUCUCCCACAGAACUCUCCUCUCUCCCUCAGAACUCUCCUCUCUCCCUCAGAACCCCCCUCUCUCCCACAGAACUCUCCUCUCUCCCUCAGAACUCUCCUCUCUCCCACAGAACUCUCCUCUCUCCCACAGAACUCUCCUCUCUCCCUCAGAACUCUCCUCUCUCCCUCAGAACCACCCUCUCUCCCUCAGAACCACCCUCUCUCCCUCAGAACUCUCCUCUCUCCCACAGAACUACCCUCUCUCCCACAGAACCCCACUCUCUCCCUCAGAACUCUCCUCUCUCCCACAGAACUCUCCUCUCUCCCACAGAACUCUCCUCUCUCCCUCAGAACUCUCCUCUCUCCCUCAGAACUCUCCUCUCUCCCUCAGAACUCUCCUCUCUCCCUCAGAGCUCUCCUCUCUCCCACAGAACUACCCUCUCUCCCUCAGAACCCCCCUCUCUCCCACAGAAUCCCCCUCUCUCCCACCAAAAAGCAAACAAUGGACAGAAAGAUGUAACAUUGACAUCCUUCUCUAA